AUGUCGCAUCUACAAUUACCUGUCGAACAAAACGCUGAAGUCAUUGAGGAGGUUUCAGCAUCCUUAGUUGAUGAUGACAUUCAGAUUUCGAGAUAUCCUUCUCUUCGAGCAACCGCUGCGUCUCCGGUUGCCGAGGUGAUUUCCUUGGAGAAGAUGAGUGUGGAUGAUAUCACCAGUGGUGUAACCUCCCCUGCACGAUCACAUAGUCAAGUGACAAUCCAGUCGCUAGUCAAGACCAAGGAUGCGAAGCUAAUCGAUUACGAGGCGGAACGGCUGAUGGACAUGGGUUUUCCGAGAGGCCUCGCACUGGAAAUGGGAACCACUCGUUCAUUGUUUCCUGUCCGAUUCUGGAUAGUCGAUAAUAGUGGCAGUAUGCUCACCAAUGAUGGUUCAACUUUGCGUGGCAACACAGCUAUUACAUGUACACGAUGGGCCGAGCUUGAAGAGACGGUGAACUUCCAUGCUGAAUUUGCCGCAGCAGUUGAAGCAACCAGUGUGUUUCGCUUGCUAAAUGAUCCUGGUCCUAGGGCUGAAUCUUCUGAAUUCAGUGUUGGAGGAGGUGGAGCAAAGUUUGCGGAAGACGAAGUUCAAGCUGCAAAGAGAAUAAUGAGAGCCUGUCAACCAACUGGACCCACGCCACUUACUGCACACAUCUACGAGUUUGCCAACCGAGUGUCGGUAGUGGCAGACGAAAUGAUGACUAAAGGAUUGAAGGCUGUAUUAAUCUUGGCCACGGAUGGAUUGCCUACAACACGGCAAGGUCUCAACUCGCAAGCUGCUAACGAUGAGUUUAUACGAGCGCUUCGGCAAUUGCAAACAUUGCCCAUUUGGUUGGUAGUUCGUUUGUUCACAGACGAAGAGGAGGUAGUAGAGUUCUACAAUGGCCUUGAUGCACAGCUGGAGAUGAACCUGGAAGUACUCGAUGAUUUCGUAAAUGAAGCAAAGGAGAUAUACACACACAAUCGAUGGUUGAAUUAUGCUCGACCUAUUCAUACGUGCCGAGAAAUGGGCUACCAAAAUCGGAUAUUUGAUCUCCUUGAUGAACGGCCAUUGAACCAAGAUGAAGUAUAUGAAUUUUGUGUCAUGCUCUUUGGUGUGGCAUUUGCAAAAGCGUGUCUCAGGGAUGCAAAUUGGAGCAAGGUUCUCGACACCAUCGAACGAUUUCUUGGUCGUGAACAAAAACAUCUGAAUCCAGUCACCAAGAAAAUGGAACCGCUGAUCAACUUGAAAAGACUCAAAAACCAGUUUGCGACUGGCAUUCUCGGCAAGUUUAAGCGAGCUUCUUUUGACAGUAUUUAA